GUGUUGAUUUUGCUGUGCUACCAGUUGUACAAUGGCUUCAGUGGUAGCAGCAUGAUAGACCAGAUGUACCUGAUGGUGUUCAACCUUCUCUUCACUUCUAUACCUCCUAUCUUAGUUGGGAUCUAUGAUAAGGAUGCACCAGCAGAAGUACUUCUUGCCCAACCACGGUUAUAUGUCCAGGGACGGGAAGGUCGCCUCUACAAACCUCACUCCUUCUGGGUCAAUAUCCUGGAUGCUGUUUACCAAUCCAUUGUUCUCUUCUUCUUUUCUGCUGUCCUCCAUGAGGAUUCAAAUACUGGGAUGUACCAGUUUGGCAUGACUGUCACGCAUGCUUGUCUUAUUGCACAAUCAUUGCAUAUUGCCAUUGAAACCAAAUCAUGGACUGUGAUUCUUGUGUUUGGAUUAGUAUUGUCCUUCAUAAUGUUCUAUGGUUUUGGUGUUCUGUACACCAUGACUUGUGUUGCCUGCUUAGGGGAACCUAGCCAGUAUGGCGAGUUGGCGUAUGCUCUGAGAUCUCCCUUGCAUUGGCUAACUAUUAUCCUUACUGCUACACUUGCAGUCCUGCCAAGGUUUGUAGUUCGUGCUGUUAUCUGUUCUAUGAGUCCUGAUGACAUAACACAAGCCUUAAUAGACAAUAAAGGAUCUCAACAGAAAGACUUCAUGGUUUCCUGGUCACGAUCAACUUCAGAUUCAUCUGUAUAUAGACCGAACUGCACGGAGGAAACUGGUGAUGAAGCUUCUGAGCCUUUUAGCUCUCUUGUUACCACCACUACAGUUAUUACCACCACUACAGAUGAAGCAGAAGUGUAAUUAAUCCUCAAAAAUUGUACAAGUAUUUUACACCAGAAGUUAAAACAAACUAAAUCUUUGCAAUUGUAAAUGAAGCAGAAGGUAAACAAGUUAGUGGCAUUUUAAAGGAAUUGGCCCAAAACUAAGUUAUAAUUGGUGAAAUUAAAUAUAUUCUGUAAUUUUGCAGCAUAGAUAAUAUUGAAGCUUAACAAAGUUUAAUGGUGGAAAUGUGUUGUGAUUAAGUAGUAUCCAUAUUGGUGCUAACUGGACCUAAUGUCUGAUAUGCAUCAUGGACCAUACCUUGUACUAUGUGUAAACAUUACUCAUGGAAAAUAGCGAGUGUGUUGGACAUACAGUUUAUGCCAACUUACCAGAUAAAAUGUGUGGGUAAUAAGAAACCUUGAAAAAUUGCAUUGUAUCAAUGUUGUGAUAAUCCAUGGCAUGUCACUGGAGUACCGCCUCAGGAAUAAUUGGUAAUUUUGCAAUAUUAUAGCUAUAGGUAUGACUGAUUAAUUUUGUCAUAAGUAUUUUGAGUGAUACGUUAUCCUGCUCGUAAUUUUUUCUAAAACGAGUUCCUUGGAUUAUUUUUCUUGUGGUUGUGUUGGGUGCUUCCUAUUCUUUUGCCAUAGCUCUCUAAUAUUUUCUUUAUUGUAAGAUUAUGAAAACACUUUGUUUUUAAUAUUUUAUAUAAAUUUUAUAUUUGCUAAUUAUUAUAAAGUCCUAAUUGUUAUUAGUUAAAAAAAAAAUAUGAUAUUCUUUAAGUUAGAAUGUAUUAUGUAUUACAUAUCUGUAGUACUAAGGCAGCACACCAAUAGUCAUAUUGAAUUAUUUUUUGGUGCAUUAUCAAUUUAAUUUUUAUUUAAACAUUCUAACAAACAUAAAUUUUAGCAUGAUACAUAUUCUACUUGUUUCUGAACCUUAAAGGUGUCAAGUAUAAAAAUCAUAAAAUUAUUAUUAUUUUUAAGGUAGGACUUGUAACAUUCCAUUAGUUUAUGUUUAUGGUACUUAACAUCACAAAGCCAAAGAAAAAUCAUAUUAAGCAGUAGGUUUUAUACAUUUCUUUAGAGGAUUUUGAAUGUGUGCCUUUGUAGUUUCUCAGUGCUUCCAUAAUUGUGUAAGUACGAAGGUUUUAUCAGUAAUUACCUGGAAACAUCUGAGUUUUAUCUAGGAAUCUGACAUUUGCAGUUAGAUGAGUGAUACACUUCAUGGCUGUGCUUAGUGUUAACUAUCAGAAAACAGAACUAUCUGUGACAGGGUUAUUUUUUCCUUAUAACCCAACUCUAAAAAUUAUGUAUGAAAGGUAUUCAGCAUUUUUCUAAAAUCAUUACUUAUUAUAAAAUCCUUUGUUUGAAGUAUAAAUCUUUGCUGUCAAGUAUUGGUUGACGGCUUAUGCUUGGAAAUAAAUAUCGACAUUUUACAAAUUAAUAUAUAGAGCACAUGUUUUCUGCGAGUGCUUUAGCCAGAUUUUAAUAGUAGCAGGAAUUCAUUUAUGAGCAUGGAGAAAAUUAUGCCUGAGAAUUUAAUUUUCUGACCAUUUAUGUAAAUGCUACUUUUUAAAAAAAUAAAUUUUUUUCUUGAAAUUA